AUGUCGGACCAGACGAAGCAGUUUGGAAAGGGCCAGAGGACUGUGCCGGCCCAGAAGGCCCAGAAAUGGUACCCCGUUGAUGACGAGUCGCAGGUCAAGAAAGUCCGCAAGGCUGUCCGUCCCGCCAAGAUCCGCGAGAGCCUUCAGCCCGGUACUGUCUUGAUCCUCCUCGCCGGUCGCUUCCGUGGAAAGCGUGUCGUUCUCCUCAAGCACCUCGAGCAGGGUGUUCUCCUCGUCACCGGUCCCUUCAAGAUCAACGGUGUUCCCCUCCGCCGUGUCAACGCCCGCUACGUGAUCGCCACUAGCACCCGCAUCGACAUCAGCGGUGUUGACGCCCAGACCGUUGAGAAGGUCUCCUCCAAGGACUACUUCACCAAGGAGAAGAAGACUGAGAAGAAGACCGAGGAGGCUUUCUUCAAGCAGGGAGAGAAGCCCCAGAAGAAGCAGGUUGCCAGCGCCCGUGCUGCUGACCAGAAGGCCAUCGACCAGUCCAUCCUGGCCGCUGUCAAGAAGGAGAACUUCCUUGGCAGCUACCUCGCCGCCAGCUUCAGCCUCCGCAACGGUGACAAGCCCCACGAGAUGAAGUGGUAG